UCUCGCACCACCGUGCAGACUGCCUCGUAAUCCACAGCCACGCAACGCGAGACACAUAUGAGAGAUAACGACGGCUUCAUGGGAUGUCAAAUGCCUUUUUACACAGCCCCGCGAGGAGAUUUGAGAGGUGCCAUCCCGAUAUCUGGGAUGCAAUUCCGCACGGAGCAGAUGCCAAUACGACGGAUAUGCAGUCCGAACUGCGAUUGAUUUUCUCUGGUUCCACUCCCGUGGGUCAAACAGCCAUGGCAGAGGGGUCCCCUUGGCCACUUGCACCAUGGGGACAACGCCGGAGACACCAAGCUGGACCCACCGAGAUCAGCUUGCGCCUCAACGCCCCUUUCUUUUGCUCUGCCGUUUCGUACGAGGCAGCUUUUCCCUCCCAGCCAAAAGAGCGAAUACAGUCAAAAAGCAUGCAGCCCUACCCGCGCUGCUGAACCCCCGGCGGCCCCUCUUGCUUUCCUUUCUCCGGUUUUCGAUCUUCUCGACACUCGUUGCCCACCUUUUGUAUUACCACGGCUAAUAGUUUCCCUUACUAUUUAACUUUUCUUUCCACGUCGUGUGCCUGUGCUUUGUGACAAGAGACGUGACUCGAGGCAGAACGCGAUGAAGCUCUCGUCCGUGGCCUCGAUAUGGCUGACAGGCGCCAUGGCGCCAAUGGCCUUGGCCAUCGAUAUCGACUGGAACUCAGAAGACUCGAUCAGGGAGGGCGCAUCAACGAUUGCAUAUGGCUUGAUGAAGUACUACACAGGAAACAACACCGGUGAUGUGGCGGGUAAUUUGCCAGAUCCAUACUACUGGUGGGAAGCUGGUGCCAUGUUCGGAGCCAUGGUGGACUAUUGGGCGUACACACGCGACGAAACAUACGUCAACGUCACAUACCAGGCCAUGCAACACCAAGUAGGCGAUGACUUUGAUUUCAUGCCGCUCAACCAGACCAAGUCAGAAGGAAACGAUGACCAAGGCUUCUGGGCGCUCUCGGCCAUGGCAGCUGCCGAGCAGAACUUCAUGGACCCUAACUCAACCGAGGAGGGCGGAACCCAAUGGCUCGCGUUAGUGCAGGCCGUCUUCAACGAGUACGUCGGGCGAUGGGAUGCCGAAGACUGCGGCGGCGGCCUCCGCUGGCAGAUCUUCACCUUCAACAACGGCUACACAUACAAGAACUCGAUCUCGAACGGCUGCUUCUUCAACCUGGGCGCGCGCCUGGCCCGCUACACCGGCAACCAGACCUACGCCGACUGGGCGACCAAGGUGUACGACUGGAUGGAGGCCGUGGGGUUCAUCGACGAGGAGUACAACAUCUACGACGGCGCGGGCUACGGCGACAACCAGAACUGCACCGCCAUCGACCAGGUGCAGUGGACGUACAACGCGGGCAUCUGGCUCCACGGCACCGCCGUCAUGUACAACUACACCGGAUCCGACCUGUGGAAGGGGCGCGUCGACGGCAUCCUCAACCACACCUCGCAGCAGUUCUUCAAGGACCAGGUCAUGUACGAGCCCGCCUGCGAGCCCGCCUUCCAGUGCAAGACCGACUCGCUCUCCUUCAAGGCCUACCUGGUCCGCUGGAUGGCGGGCACCGUCCAGAUGGCCACGCACACCUACGACAUCAUCGGGCCCUUGCUGUCGGCGAGCGCGGUCGGCGCCGCCCAGCAGUGCUCCGGCACCGCCACCGAGGCCGACGGGUACAAGGGCGUCCCCGGGACCGCCUGCGGCAUGCACUGGGUCGACGGCCCCCAGUGGGACGGCAUGCACGGCGUCGGGCAGCAGAUGGCCGCGCUGUCGGCCCUGUUCUACAGCCAGGUCAGGAACUGGAACGUCCCCACGCCCUUCACCUCCAAGAACGGCGGGUUAUCGACCGGUGACGUGAAUGCUGGCCAGGACAAGACGGACGAGUCGCUCAACCCGCUGAAGCCCAUCACAGCCGGUGACAGGGUCGGCGCCGGGUUCCUGACGACGCUGAUCGCCGCUGGCCUGUUUGGUGGCUGUUUCUGGAUGGUCAAGGAGUGAAGGGUCUGCUCAUGCUGUAGACGUAGAAUUGCGAGUCUUGAUUUCUUUGCAUGCGGUCUCGUAAGCCCCGAGACCGUGAUAGACGCAUUUGGGACCAUUUUCAACGGACUAUCUGUCCUGGGCACGGCGUCUGGAGUCGUUAUCAUAUCAUGGGCCCGUAAUGCCUUCAACUAGUACAUAGCAAUGUAUAUACUUGCAUAAAUUUAUUUGCCAUCAUCCAAUGGCGUUGGAUGGUGUAGCCCAUCA